UGGGGAGAAGAGAAUAGAGAAACAAUGAAAAAGUCAACCGAUAAAAAUAUACAAAAUUGCAAAUGGCCAAAUACACGGAAACCUCAGUAGGAUGUCCCUUCAACCUGUUUAAGGGAUAUCUAUUCUAUACAACUUGCUUGCUUCCGCUAUUAUUUUUCUGCUCCAGUUUGGGCAUUUGGGCAUUUUGACUUGUCAUUGUUCAAAGUUUUUUAUUUCCAAUUAUUUGAUGGGAUUGGGCUUUAUAUAAAAGGCUUUAAAGACAGUGCAUCUCCCACUCAGAUUCUUAGAAUUUCACUCUGAUUCCUUGGCUGUUCUCUCAAGUCUCAACUAUUCCCCUUCUCACACUUUGAUUUUCCUUUCUCAAAACCUUGUUGUUGGAAUUGAUAACUGAGUAAAAAUGGUAGCACGAGUGCUUGUGGCAGCAUUACUUCUUCUUUGCUGUUUAGCCGGAAGUUGCUAUGGGAAUGUUCUCUUCUCUUCCUUGAAAAGGACCAUUGAUGUCACCGCUUCGCCAAAGCAAGGACAAGUUCUGGAAGCUGGAUUAGAUAAAAUCAUCGUGACUUGGGCUCUUAACAAGACCGUACCAGCUGGAACAGACUCUACCUACAAAACCAUAAAGCUGAAGCUGUGCUACGCGCCCAUAAGCCAACAAGACCGCGCGUGGAGGAAGACCGAGGACAACCUCUCCAGAGACAAGACCUGCCAGCACCAGAUUGUAGCCAGACCUUACGAUGGUUCCAACAAAACCCAGCACAGCUUCGAGUGGGUGAUUGAGCGGGACGUGCCCACAGCCACGUACUUUGUACGCGCCUAUGCACUUGACUCCAAUGACGUGCAAGUGGGUUACGGUCAAACUACGGAUGCGAAGAAGGGCACUAACUUGUUCGAGAUCCAGGCAAUCAGUGGGCGCCACGCGUCUCUUGAUAUCUGCUCCAUUUGCUUUAGUGCUUUCUCAGUGGUGUCCCUUUUGGUGUUUUUCUAUAUUGAGAAGAGAAAGGCGAAGGCUUAUUCCCCACCACAGAAGUGAUUAUUAACACGGGAUAGCAACGUGAAAAUCAUGACAGGUUUACUAAUAGAUUAUAUUCCAUAGUAUUUGUUCAUUAAUAAAUCAAGAGGGACCUGUUUGUACCCCUCAAUAGUCAAUGAUCUUUAACAAGUCAAUUCCAUAUCAAUGUGAAGCAUGAUCUCCCAAAAAACUUAUUAUAUGAGGAAGAGGAUUAAAUCAAAAGUAAUAAAAGUGUUAAAUUACUUGGUCCAGGAGCUAGUUUUUAGCUUGGACCUAAGUUGUUUGAGAAGUCACGUAGAAUGUAAUCAAAUUUGAGUACUAAUGAUACAACUAUUGUAAUAAAUAAGAGUAUUCACUUGAUCAUUUUCACAACAGUUUUUCAUCGAUUGUAUAUAUAUCGAGAAAAAGCAUCCUAAUAGUUUUACUAAAACGAUAAAAAUUUCACUGGCAAAUCAUUUCUGAGGCAACCUCCACCGAUGUUGAUGACUUGUCGCAUCAUUGUAUGCAAGUUACUCAACUCAACUAGGUCAUUCCAACUUCCGAUACUUGAAGUUCCUUGUGAAUAGGACUUGCAUCAAGAGCAUCGUAUUCUCUAAUGUCAAUAGACGAAUAGGUGUCUUACAAAUAUCAACACAUCUUGUCAUCACAAAACUGCUUUAUGAUUAAAAUACAUGUCUGUACUUUGCAUUCUGUCCCUACCAUGAAGUGAUAUUCUAUCAUCAUAAACAUCAACAUGUCCAAAUGCAUACGUGCCAGGAGGACAUUCCAGGGCAGCUUCAAGAACUCUAUGGUGUAUUCCAUGGGAAUCAAUGGAGUAUCCUCCUUUGUGAUCAUGUCCAGAUAUACAGACCUUCACACAAUUGUAUCUGUGUAUCAAAUUCAUUACUUCAUCAUAAUUCCACAAUAGUGCCUCCUUGGAUGAUGCACCAGGAU